AUGAAUGCAAUCAGGUCCAAUUUUAAGGUAAAGAAAUAAUUCAUUUCAUUUGUCUAUAAUCUCGAAAGUGGGGGUUAGUUGAUCCACUGUAGAUUUGAGAUGAGAGCGAAGGUCGCUCAAGGUCGUUCAAGGUUGUUCAAGGCAAGCGAGACCUCUAGCUGCACAUGUCUUUCAUCUUGUUCAAUUAUUAUAAAGUUAUUUAAGAGUCAUUUUUAAAAAGCAACUCCUUAAAGAGAUGUUUAAAGCCAUGUCUGCUAGAAAGUUUUAUUUCUGUUCGACCAAAAAUUGUAUGUACGUCUCCUGUCACGAGCAAUUCCCUAAAACGUACGGGCUUUAUAGAACUCAUUUUAACGCCAAACAGGGUUACCAACUCGGUUUUUUUUUAAAUUUUCGGUGUUACAGAAAGAUGACUGUAAACAGACAGGCAUAAAAAUAACCCGAUCGUUUAGGUUUUAUAAUUUAACCGGUAUUUGUUUUUAUUUGACAUCGUGCAUAAUUAGCUGAAGACAUACAUGACGGCGUGGUGUGAGCUCAUGUUUAUCAUAUCUUAAUAUGCAGAAGGUUUCGUACUACCACAAUGGAUCUGAUAAUGUAGAAGAAAUUCGGUAAUUUUAGUCUGUUGAGUUGAACGCUACUAGGCUCUAAAAGUACAGCAUCGGGUAACAUGAGAAGAACGAUAUAGUCACGCAACGAUAUAGUCACCCGGUCGUCCAUUCACUGCCAUAUCGAAAAGGUCAUGUCGCAGCUGUCUUGUGGAACUUUUCAAUCAAUUAGUGGAAGAAAUCUUUUCUUAAAACUGCCUGAAUUUUACCCAAAGAUAUCUCAUAACUCUCAUUGGUUGAAACUCUCUGAAAAGUCUGCAUGACCACUCAUGGGUCACGCCCUCCUCAAUUUUGAUUUGUGUUUUACCCUUUUGCAAAAACUAUGAGUAUUUACAGCGGGAAAAGAGAGAAGGAGUACACUUAAAGAAAAUUUACGUAUGUCAGUUCAGAAAAAUCCUCAGCUUUCGUCGAGUUUUUCAACAAAAUUUGACAACUAUGGACCAGUACAGGACUAACAGAACUGCAAUUAUUGUGAUGCAGGGCUGCCCCUUAGUGUCGUGGGGCUGGGGAUUUUCCCCUGCUACAAUGAGUGUGAGCUCUGGCAACUCUUAUAGGAAACAAAAAGAAAAUAGAACCGAAAGAACUUCCUAGCUGUACAAUUCCCUUAUUAUUGCACGUACCCGGUAACUUGAAAUUUAAGCGACAGCCCUCAGGUGAUGUUUUCCAAUGCCUUUAAUUUCGGGUCAUGUGUAUGUCAACUUUGUGGCAGGAUUUGUAUAAAUGUGGUUAAAUGUAAUUUUGGCGAGGUUAAACAUCAGACAAUGCUGACGAGCGGUCUCCACCACUAAUCGUAUGUGGGGUGGUCUUGGGGGGCCUUAGUGAUUUUACAGCGCUAUCGCAGAAGUCAAUCAUUUUGCUCACGUUGCUUUUGCGUGCAGUAGUUCUCCCUAUUUGUGGGCUUUCUGAUUUAAUAUAUUUCUACUUUAAAUAACUUGCGUGUGAGUGCGUUCAGUGUAAUCAUUUGUCAAAACGAGUACUUUAUGAGUCAGUAAAACAAUGUGAACAGAUGGUACAUGUAGCUAUAAAUAAAUCAAUGAUUAUUUUUUUUGACUGCCAACAGAUUUAGUUUAUUUAGUUUUUUUUAGUUUUGAUAUUCUUGUAAAUUUAUACUUACUCCAAAUAAACCUGAUGAAUUUUGAUGUUGAUCAGUUCUACAAAAGGUGAUCUGUAUUGAUCCAAUAUUGAGCACAUUAAUUGAUCAUUCUUGGUUUCUGCAGUGGUUCUGAGAAGAUUUAACACAUCACUUUUGCGGUACUCCAUGUUUGAUAAUAGAACCAAUUUUUGAGAAGGAGCCAUUUUUUCUCAGAUUUAGAUAAUGUGAUUAUUUCUUUUGUCAAAAAUUCAAACUUCAAAUCCAUAGCCUUCCAAUUUUCUCAGCUCUGUUUUUUUCUUCCUUCAGUGUUCAAGCAUGGUAAUGGAAUAGUAUUAGAUAGAUCAAUAUAGUGAUUUUAAUAUAUUAACCUGUGAUACAGGCAGAAGGCUACUAUUUGCCCCAUAUAAGAGAAUCCAGAUCCCGGGAAAGUUUUGCUUUUGGAAUCCAGAAGCUGGGAAAAUUUUUAUUUUGGAAUCUGAACCCUAGGCUUUGGAAUCCAGAAUACAGCUCAAGGAAUCCGGAAUCCCGUCAAUUGGAAUCCAGAAUCCAAGUUCCACCAACAAAAACUGGAAUCCAGUACCUGGAAUCUGGAAUCCAGGGCAUGGAAUCCAGUAUCCAAGGCUGUCUUGAAUUCCCGUAAAUCGCGGCGACUUCUAUGCAACAUUGCACCCUAAUGUCAUUGUUUUCUUUUGUUUACUUGUAACCAUUCAGAACUAUAAUAAAUAUUCUAUGUGUUAAGGUCAUUAAGAAAAUCACUUUAACUUCGUCUGUUAUUUUACAGAGUACCUUUUCAAAGACUCUAUGGCUGUUGGGAGCCAGGCACCUUCACUGUAGCUCAGUCUUGAGGAGUUUAGAGUUUCUCCCUUGUCCCGAGGGAUUUAAGAAAGAAGGUGAGGUUCGUCCAUUGGUAGUUCUCUUUGGAUGGCUUCUGGCAAAAAGUCGUCAUCUACACAAGUACGGUGAGCUGUAUCACCAACAUGGCGCAGAUGUUAUCACUGUCAAACUUGAAGUCAUGGAGGUAGGUUCAGCCGAGGAAAAAGCCGAAAAUCUAUAAGUUUCAAUCGCCUAAAUUCUUGUUUCUCGCAAAAUGUUCAACCACAUUAAAUGUAUAAGCAGCAGUUUUUAACCGAGUCAGUUAAAAGCCUUGGGGGGGGAACUCCCAUAUAAAAGUGACAGGGAUGCUCGUUGUAGCCUGCAAAAACAUCCAUUUCUCCUCGCUCUUCGCCUCUGGGGACGUUUCCUGCGAAAGAGCGAGGAGAAAAGGAUGUUUUCGCAGGCUAUGCUCGUUGAAAAAUUAAAAUUAAACCCCUAAGGGAGACCAAUGUGGGUGUGGCUCAAGCUUAAACUGGUUCGCUAAAGCAGACCAUACUGAAACAGACAUUACCGUCACUUUUACAUGGUAGUUCCCCCGGGGUUAAAAGUAGCCUCUUUUUCUUUCAUUGUGAUUAGUCUCUUGUCCGCUCUCGGGAGUUUGCGACUCGAUUCUGAGACGGCUAAAAUUCAGGCUACACUUCUCAACUUGACCAUUUGAAAACGAGGCUUGGUGCUGAAAUUUGCUUGCCUGCCAUAAACAUGCGUAAUCUAUUGUGACUUGCUUUCUAGUGCUUGCUCGCUUGCUUUUUUGAGAAAGAGAAAAAGUUAUUUUAAAGUUUGUUUAAGUGGAGGUCCAACUAAUUCUUUCUGUGUGUGUGUCCUCAGAUUCUACGUCCACAAAAAGCAGAAAUGGUCGCCACCAAAGUUCUAAACCAACUAACGUCGCCAGAGAACAAAAACAGACCGGUAUUAGUCCAUGGUUUCUCAGUGGGUGGGUACCUCUACAGCCAUGUGCUCAAUUUAAUGGAAAAAUUGGACAAGUUCUCACCAGUCAAAGAGAGAAUCCUCGGUCAAGUCUUUGACUCCCCGGUGGAUUUCGAUGGGAUUCCCUAUGGUGUUUCAAACGCGGCCUCGCAAAACCCGUUUAUCCGCUGGCUGAUGAAGUCAUCUAUUGAGUCGUACUUGACGAUCUUCGCCAAGUACACGAGCAAGGUUUACGUGGCGCAUUCGCAGUUAUUCCACAACAAUCCUGUACGGUCGCCAGCGUUGUUUCUGUUCUCCAAGGAUGACAAGAUCGCGGAUGUCAAGACGUGCCAAGCUUGUGCGGACUAUUGGAAAGAAAAACUGAACAUGAGCGUGAAUUAUGUAUGUUUUGAUAGUUCGCCUCAUGUUUCACAUUUUUAUGUCCAUAACAAAGAGUACACUCAAGCAGUGAAGGACUUCCUGAAGGUCGUAAACGUGCCUGCUGUGACUGCUGUGUAG